GAUUCGCCGCUUCGCUGUAAAAAACAUAAAAACAAAUUUUAAAUAUUUUUUACAUCAAAUUCAGGACGAAAAAAGCCAAUUUUGGAAUAAAAAUCAAUUUUACGAAGUAGGCGACGAGUUAAAAGUCAUAAAAAUGGACAAAAAUCAGGAUCAAUCCAUCAUGGAUAAGUCCAUGCGAUCGGUUUUCGUUGGAAACAUUCCGUAUGAGGCAACCGAGGAAAAGCUCAAAGAUAUUUUCAGUGAAGUUGGUCCUGUUAUCUCAUUAAAGUUGGUAUUUGAUCGUGAAAGUGGCAAACCGAAGGGUUAUGGCUUCUGCGAGUACAAAGAUCAAGAGACAGCGCUCAGUGCGAUGCGAAAUUUGAACGGAUACGAGAUCGGGGGGCGUACUUUGCGUGUCGACAAUGCUUGUACGGAGAAAUCUCGCAUGGAAAUGGCGGCUUUAUUGCAAGGACCGCAAGUUGACAACCCCUAUGGCGAUUCUUGCGAACCCGAACAAGCUCCCGAAAUCAUCACGAAGACUGUGGCAUCACUUCCGCCCGAGCAAAUGUUCGAAUUGAUGAAACAAAUGAAGAGUUGCAUCCAAAAUAACCCGGUUGAAGCGCGUCAAAUGCUCAUUCAUAACCCCCAACUCGCUUAUGCACUGCUCCAAGCACAAGUUGUGAUGAAAAUUUUGGAUCCCGCAACUGCUUUGACAUUUUUGCAACGCGGCAACGAAAUGCCUCCCGUGCUUACGAGUCAAAGUGUCAUGAAUCCCGCGAGUAUUACAGGCGUCGGGGUCAACGUGCCUCAACCUGUGCCGCCAAUUAGCAGUUUUCAACCACUCGGGAACGACAUUGAUUUACGUGAUCCGCGUUUGUCGCGUCAAAUGCCGCCGCAAGUAGCGCCAAAUCUCGGCAUGGAUCAAGAUUUGCGUUCGAUGACGAUGGAUUUCGGCAGAGGACAACCUCCGGUUCAAGCAGUUCGUCAACCAGCGGUUCAACCUUUCGUUGCAGAUCCACGUCAACGUCCCGCAGAUCCACGAACGAAAGUGAUGCCGCCAUCGCAACAAGCUCAAGUUCCGACAAUGCAACAAAUUCAACGUGGCGCUGGCAUUCCAAACGAUGCUUCGGAUCAGGAAAAGGCACAGCUGAUCAUGCAAGUGUUGCAAUUGACGGAGGAGCAAAUCAGAAUGUUGCCACAGGAGCAACGGAACAGCAUUCUUUUGUUGAAAGAUCAGAUCGCCAAGAGUGCGCAACGUUAAAAAUCGAGAGAAAGUCAAUAAAAAGUUCAA